GAGAGACGGUCCAUGGCAACGCUUUACGCAAACUCCACACUCCAGAGAAAGAGAGAGAGAGAGAAACGCGAGGCAGCACUGAACGCACAACGUUGUAAAGACACAGACAUCGAGUCGAGCGCUUCUGGAAACUUUAAACCGACGUCUCAGAGGAUUUUGUCCGAUUUAGGAGCACGCAAAGCGGAGUUACAGUGUGCCAUCGUCAGUUCGGUUCACAUUGCCGCCGGCCAGGUCAAAGCGAGACCGGGAUCCACAGACCGGGCAACCGGACAAGAGCUGUGUGUGUCGGCAGAGAGAGACGCUCAGCACCAGGGUUCACACAGAACAGACUGAAACGCUUAGUUUGUGACUGUAAUGUGAGUCAAUUAAUGCUUUUAACAAACUAUAUACUUUACAAUUAUUAAAUAAAUAAUUAGCUGUGAAAACGGUAUGUAAUUAAUAUGCAAACAUUGGCAGCUACUUUGACACUCAUCUGUUAACUUUGAGUUUACAUUACAGAGACAAAAUUAAGCUUUCUUCCUGUUACAGUUAUACUUAUUUUUACAACUACUACUACUACUACUAUUACUACUACUACUAUUACUAUUAUUACUAUUAUUAUUAUAAUCUGUUCUAUAGCAUAUAGUUUUAUAAAGAGUAUUUUAAUUGAAGCAAUCCACACAAACACACAAAGAAUAUGGCUCCUUGCUGGUAUCAGUGCUGUGUUUGCUGACGUUGGACCUUGUUGUACUCGGACUGAGGGGGAGCCGCCUGUAGUCAGAGCACCAUGUGUCGCUGUGCUGGCUCUGUCACUGCCGGGUCAAUCCUACUGAGUGAAACUGACACGGGGAGGGGGUGCCAGCCCCACAGACCGCCUCACCCUCUUACCCCGUCCUGAAACACUCUCUCACGACACACACAGACAAGCGCCGGGCUAGCCGGCCGAGGGUAUGGGCAACUCGUCCCGAAAAGAGGCCCAGGACGAAGGAGGAGAGGAAAAGGAGAAAAAGGUUAAAGAGAAUGGAGAUGAAGGCGAGGAGGAGGAGGAAGCGGCUGAAAAAGAAGAAGAAGAAGAGGAGGUCGUGGAGGACGAGGAGCUGCCGCUCGGAGUAGACGAUCUCUUGGCGAGUGGAGAUCCGGUGUUGGAUCUGAGCUACUACAAGUUCCGUCGCCUUCCUCGUCAAGUCCUAGAUCUGGAGUACUUGGAGAAGCUCUACGUCUGUGGAAACCGUCUCCGCAGCGUUCCUAAGGGUAUCACGCGGCUGCAGGGUUUGCGUACCCUGGCGCUCGACUUCAAUAAGCUCGAUGACGUUCCUCUCUCUGUGUGCCAGCUGACUAAUCUCACGUGUCUUUACUUGGGAAGCAACCGGCUGAUGAGCCUCCCACCGGAAGUGAGGAACCUGCAGAACUUGCGUUGCCUCUGGGUGGAGAGCAACUACUUCCAGCGAUUCCCCAAGCAGUUGUACGACCUUCCCAACUUGCGCUCACUGCAGAUCGGGGACAACCGUCUGCGCACCCUUCCCUCGGACCUAUGGCGCAUGGAGUCCCUGAGAGGACUCUGGUUGUACGGUAACCGCUUUCAGGAGUUUCCCCGAGUGCUCCUCAAGAUGGAGCAGCUGGAGAUUCUGGACAUGGACCGCAAUCGGAUAUCAGAGUUCCCAAACUUGCAUCAUCUUCCCGGGCUGCGACUCUUCUCCUACGACCACAACCCCGUGAAGGAGCCACCGCGUGUAGGGGAGGAGGUGCUUAUCGUCGGGGAGGGCGCUGAGGAGGUUUUGCAGGCUAGAGAGAGAAGAAGGGAGGCAAAAGAACGAGCAGAGAAGGAAGCAGAGGAGGCGGCGGCCGCGGCGGCAGCAGCAGCUAGUCCGGUCAUUCAUGGAAUACUCAAGAAACUCCGGAUGAACUCCGCCCUUAACCUGGCAGCUGCUAAGGGGAAGGAAACAAAUGAGUCGGUUCCAUCAACAACCCCAACUGGGGACGAGAACGGACCACAGAAUAAUGACGAAGGGGCGGAGUCUGAGAGACAAGGUGCAGCGUUUGAGGAGGCGGAGCUUGGUUAUGACGACGGCGGUCUGGAGUAUGAAAGGGAGGAGCUAAUCUGCGAGGGGGAGGGGUAUGAAGGCUACGAUGGGGCGGAGUUAGAGUAUGAGAGAGCAGAAAUGGACUAUGAAUAUGAAGGGGAGGAGCAAGAACAACCUUGAUACUUGUACCUGUUAGUCUACUUAUUAUAUCUGAAGUGUAAUUUCUUCAAACAGAAUUGCAGUUUGUUUUAGCAGUCAACAGUCAUUAUUUUUGCAAUUCUUUGAUGCAGACGCUACACACUUCUGCUUUUAGCAUUUGAGGUGUUACUGCAAGGGUUGCAGGUUCAAUCCCAAGUGUGAACUGGAGAGUAACAAUGAGUUAUUGGAGUCCAGAAAAUGGCACUUAAGUAACCCCAUGAUACUUUAUGGGGUUAUGAAAGCGACAGCAAGUCGCUCUAAUAAAAAGCAAUUGCUAACAUUAACAUUAAAUUAUGUCUGAUUGGUUGGAAAGUUUAAUGAAAGGUCAAGUUUUUUUUUUUUAAAUGGUGUACCCAAAAAUGCAAAAUCUGUUAUCAUUCGCUCAUUCUCAUGUUCAGUACUGUGUGAAACACAAAAUAAGAUAUUUUAAUGAACAUUUUUUUCCCCACACAAUGAAAGUCAAUAGGGUCAAGAACUACAUUGGUCCCCAUUGAUUUUCACUGUAUAGACAAAAUACACUAACAUUGUAAAAAAUAUUUUCAUUUACACUCUCUAUAAAUGAAUACAGGUUUGAAAUUACUUUAGGGUGAGUAAAUGAUGGCACAAAAAACAUGAAAAUUAAUAACACAAUUUCUAAAAUACAGCUUAAGUUAUAAAAGAGCAUCACUCAAUAACCCUGUGAAUCAACUUUUACAAAUACGCAAAAGUUUUUCACACAAGUAUAAGUGAGUGUUGCUAUUGUUAGAAGGUAUUUAUUGUUGGCCAGCCAUUACUGCAAUCUUUAAACACCGGACUCACUUCAGUAUUUACAAGGUUUAAUUUUAAGAGUUGUAAUUUGUAAAAAAAUCAACUGUGAAGACCUGUGAAACUGCACAACUUUUUCAUGCGUCAAAACUACAUUACGGUGUGCUGUGUAUUUCUAAUUAAGAGCAGGGCUCAGGCAUUUUUGUUUGUGAGUUUGUGUAAGUGUGUCUGGAAAUCCACCCUGACAUGAGUGUACUGUUUAUAAGAAACUUGAUGCUGCAAUUGCAGCGAUGUGUGUUGGUGAAACCAAAUAUUCUCUUAUUAAAUAAUCAAUGAGUUUGCCAAACAUG